CGAUUCCCGUUUGGAGUAGAUGUGACGUAAAUUUCCAGCUGAAUGAAGCUGCCUUCGAAGGUGGAUAACGUGUGGAAGCGUUUCUUGGCCAUGUUGUCGCUGCCGGAUUUGUUGGUCCUUGGCUGUUUGUGGGCCAGUGGCUUCUCCUUGGGUUACUAUGCCAAGUCGGCUUAUGUGUACGAUAACCUCUGGCCCCAUUGGUACGCCCUGGUGGGCGGGGUCGUGGCCUUGGCCUUGACCCUGGGCUGGACCCUCAGGAAACACAAGAGGCAGCAGUACAGCUACGAUCACUACUAUAUCAUGUUCUAUGGGCUGCUCUGCUCACUGAUGGGAAGCUGCUUCAUGCUGACUAAACAGUUGGCUGUUAGCUACUACUUCAUCUUCGUGGGCCUGAGUGUACAGUACUUGGCCGGAUUCAGUUACGUGAGCCUGCGCUGCGAUGCCUCGGGAUCAAGGCCAUCGAGAGUUGCCCUGGCCAACUCAUUAUAUGCCGGAGGAAUGGCCACCGGAUUUGUGGUGUUCAACGAGAUGGAACCACAACGAUGCGGAUUAAUUGCUCUGGGAAUUAACCUGCUCUUACUCUGCCUGGUUUGUCUAAACGAGCUGCUGCAUCACACGGGCUGCCUUAACUAUAAGGAAUCCAGGGAUUUGGUGUUUAAUCUACUGAACGAGGAGAAGAUGGUCUUCCUGCCGCGUCAGGCGGUUCUGGCCCAGUUUGUGGACAGAAGGGACUAUCAGCUGGAGGAGAGCAGGCAGUGGUUGGUGCUGAUCCUGGGAGGAUCCCUGGUGUAUCUGCAGAAGAGCUGUCUCCUGUUCUCACCCACCUACAUGCAGCUGAUGUGGAGCAGCACUGUGGGCUAUCUGCAGAGGACCCAGCUCUAUAUACCCUUUGUUCUGUACUCGGCUGGCAACAGUUUUGGAGCCCUGUUCCUCAUGAGAUACACCCCCAAGUUGGUCUAUCUGCUCUUUGGACUCAUUCAGAUGACCUUGGUAGUGGCUCUGCUGUGCAUUUACAACGAUGAGCAGUCGGAGCACUGUUUCCUGUUCCUUUGUUUGAUAUAUGUCACCAUGGGAGUGCUUUCGAGUCAGGGCAUCCACUGGCUGCUGGAGUGCUCACCCUUCCUCUAUACAGAGUUGGCCCUGGCCACGGGAUUCAUCCUGCAACUGGCCGUGCUGGAGGGCUCCAAAUAUGAAUCCAUCGCAGGGGACUCUUGGAUUGCCCUACUCAUUGUAAGCAUCAUCACACUAGUACUCACUGCCCUGGCCAUUCCGGUGGUUCAGUGGCUUCAGCCCCACUCCGCCAGUUUGGUGGACGUACGCAACCGCCUGCUGGGCAUUCGACGGCAGUCCCUGCCCCCCGAACAGACCCAGUUCUGGCACACCAACCACUUCCUGGCCCACAACAAGCCCGCCAAUCAGCUGGAAUCCGUCCAGCUGGGCAGGAGCCGGGUAUUCCAGCAGUACCCGAUCAGCGGGAGUGACAUCACGGACAACCACAAGGGCGACAGGUUCUGA